GUCGUUGUGUUAAAUUGCAUGUUAACAUUGCAUUCAAAAAUAUGUUAAUAUUUCACAGAAAUGAAGAAAUAUUUCUAUAUAUUUUGGAUAAUAGUAUAUGCUAGCUAAGUAGAGAAAAAAAAAACAUGUCCAUGUGUACUGAAGAAAGCUGUCUCUCACCAGGCUGCUAUACGAUCCGUGCACCGAACACUGGCAGAAUGUCAACCGUCAUAUGCGGCUUGCCUUUCGGAAAGUGACACCUUCUUUUAGCCGGUGCCGUCCAACGGAACCAGAACACGUCAACCUGUCGUCCACCGGCGUACUUCCUCUGUGCUUAAACUGAGUUGUUGUUGAAAGUUGCCGGUCAGCAGUAAAGUUUCUCUGGACGGGACAACAUGCGCUCCUUAGCGGGACUAACUGGCAUCGUGGCGACUGCAAGUGUCUAUCUCUACCUGCUGUCGACGCACCUUCCCCCGGGACCGACGCAGCUCCAGCCGGGGUCUGAGCCGGAGGGAGAGGCCGACCGAGAGUACAGGCUGAAGUUCCCAUCAGACCUGGAGUCACUACGGGAACUGGCCAAUAUGCUCAAGUUUUACAAAACGGAGAACUACAGCUACGUUCUGCUGCUGUUCUGUAGCGCCUACCUCUAUAAGCAGUCCUUCGCCAUACCUGGCUCCUCUUUCCUGAACAUGUUGGGGGGAGCGAUUUUCGGACCCUGGGUGGGUCUGAUACUGACCUGCCUGCUCGCCACUUUCGGCUCCACGUUCUGCUUCCUGCUGUCCUCAGCGUUUGGGAAGCAGUAUGUGAUUCACUUCUUCCCAGAGAAAGUGGCUCUGCUGCAGAUGAAGGUAGGUAUCUUCACCAGAUUGGUCAUUUAUCCUUUAUUUGUGUGGUAAACAAGAAUGAAUGAGAAUGUGCACUUUUUUUUUUUGAAGGAUUUAACUUGUUUUCUGGUGAUAUUCUGGAUGUUUUCCGAAUGUCAGAAAUGUUGACCCAACUGGAAAUGAAGCAGGAGAACG